UAACCAAAGAAACAAACCUCCCCUGCCCACAACUAAGCAAGUAGGGUCCCACUACACUACCAUGUGAAUCCAACCAAAUUGUUUCAUCACUAGUAGAUGGUGGCAUACCCUUCCUUACAAGAGGCCCCACCACCCCAUCACUCCCAUCCCAUGCCUCCCAGAACCCUGAAUAGUAGCAGCUGUCCAACAUCACACAUGGCUGCCACCACACUGGAUCAUCAUCAUGUAUUGUAUUGUAUUGUAUUGUAUUGUAGCCCUUCUUCCUCUAAAACCCCACAACCUAGCCAUUUAAUACAAACAUUUCCUGCUUCAUGCACUGUUGAAACUUGAAAGUAACACCAAAAACCAAAGGGAAUGGAGAAAAACAACUCCCUCCCUAAAUACUCAUGCUCCUACUCAGAAUUUGGGUUCGCUGAACGAUCAAACUCUUACAAUUUCAACGGGCCAAUCCAAAAGGGAAGUGGGUUUUGUGCAGCAAAUGAUCCAGAGCUUAAGAGGAAGAAGAGAAUCAAGGCUUAUAACGUGUUCACUGUGGAGGAGAAGCUUAAAACAAGUGUUAGAAACGGGUUCAAGUGGAUCAAGGACAAGUUUGGUGACAUUCACAGUGGGGUGUGAACUAUGCAACGAUUGAUUAGAAUAAAAAGUGGGCUAGCUAGUACUUUGAAGGUAUGAAAUUAAAGGGAAAGAAAAUAGAAUGAAUAUUUUUCUUGUUGUAUUUAUAUAUCUUGAGAGGUACUUUUAUCAACUAAGAUGUUUUACAAAGAAAAAAAAAUUGAGUGCAAGAUGUUAUUAACGGUUUCAAGGAAGAGUUCAUGCAAUUAGUAUGUAUCAAAGAAAUGAGUGUAGUUUUGAACUCAUUUUCCUGUCUUUCGUUCUCUUCUUUAAGAAUUCUAGGAUAUAAUUUA